AUGUCUGGUCGUGGUAAAGGUGGCAAAGUUAAGGGAAAGGCAAAGUCCAAUCGUGCUGGUCUUCAAUUCCCCGUCGGUCGUAUCCAUCGUCUGUUGCGCAAAGCCGCUGUCAUGGAAUAUUUGGCUGCUGAAGUCUUGGAAUUGGCUGGCAAUGCUGCCCGUGACAACAAGAAGACUCGUAUCAUUCCCCGUUACUUGCAAUUGGCCAUCCGUAACGACGAAGAAUUGAACAAAUUGCUGUCUGGCGUUACCAUUGCCCAAGGUGGUGUAUUGCCAAACAUCCAAGCUGUUCUCUUGCCCAAGAAGACCGAAAAGAAAGCCUAA